GGCAAGGGAAGGAUGAGAGAGAGGGGUGGGAGUGGAGAAGUGGAAGAGCAUCCAAGCCGCCGUCAGAUGGACUGAAAGCUCUUUGGAGCAACAGAUAGCAGAGCGGGAAACAGAAAAGAGAAGUGGAGAGAAACGAGAGAAAUCUGCUCUUCUCCCUUCAUCCCUCCAUCUCAACAACACACUCUCUCCCCCUCCUCCCACCUGACACGGGGAUCCCCCAACUUUAAGGCUUUUCCCUCCUUCUCCUCCUUCUCCUCCUCCUCCUCCUCCUUCUUGCGUACUCUGCGUCUGCUUUGCUCCGAAAACGGAGACUGAGAGGCACCGGACGGACUGCAGGGAUGCGGGGAUUGCUCCCCUCGUCAGUCACCUCUUCCUACCACCGACACCGAGGACUCGCAGGUUUAAUCAUUUCUCCGUGCAGCGCAUGUGUCCGUGUGGUGCACAGAUGGAGCUGUGCGCUCCGAGUGUGAGCGCUCCGCAGACCGAGUGGCAGCGCUUCUCCCGGACACCUGCUGCUGCAGUGCCUCGCUGAUAUGAAGAUGAAGAAAUCCCCACGAGAAGUCCAAACCUCCGCCAACAUGUGACGUUUUUCUCUUCAAAAGGAAUUCCAAAGGGGCCAAAAAGUGUUGUCGGUGUGUGACCCCCUUCAGUCCUCCGGGUUUUCUCCUCCAGAGUGAAUCCAGGAUGGGUCCUGUUUGGCUUCUUCUCCUGCUUCCAUCCGUCCUCAGAGCGCAGGUGACUCCAGACUUCCCCUCAGGAGUUACUUUGGAGAUAUCCAACAGUACUGACUCUUUAACAAACACUACAAGAAAUCCAGAAAUCAGCAGCAGUCCCACAGGUCCCACCAGCCCCAAUAGCUCCACGGUUCCCAGCAGUCCCACAGAGCCUUCUGAGUUUGCAAUGAUGCCUUCAGAAGCUCCCACAGAAGAGGAGGAAGACUGGUCACCAGCAGAGACCUUCCUGUACACCGGGGACCCUUCCACUCUGGAGGUUGCCCGCUGCUCACGGCCGUAUAGCUCCUCUGGGCAGACUGGACCCCUGCCCAUCAGUUUCAGUGCCCCCCUACGCCCACCUCUGGAUGCAUUGGCUAAUACUGCCAACUUCCUCAACAUGAUCUUCCAGGCCAGUGACCUGCGGGAGAGCACAGUGCAAGAGGAUAUGGAGUGGUACCAUGCUCUGGUCCGUGCCCUUCUGGAGGCCGACGUGCUCAUCCAGCGGGCCCUGUUCACCUUCGACGCUGACCCGACUUCACCGGUGCCACAACUGGUCCUUUGUGCCACCCGCAAUCCAACGGCCAAGGUGCAGACAAUCAUCCUCCAGGAUUUGUCCAAGGCCUGGGAGAGCCUGCACCCGCCAGCCCCGGCCCCUGACGACAGCUGGUUCAGAAGAUUUAAAUUCCCUGAGUCCAACCAGCCCGUGGCGGCCCUGUCAAAGAGGGUGCUCCUCAACGAUCUCAACACCUUGGACACGCCUAAGUGGGGGCAGGGCGACAGCUAUGUGACCAAUCGCAGUGGGGUACGCUGGGCCAGUGCCCCGUUUUUGGACUGCAAGGAUGGACGCUUUGUGCCUGGCUGGAUGCUCACUCUGUCCACCUCCUUCUAUGGCCUCAAACCUGACCUGACACCAGAGUUCAGAGGUGUGAUCCGUGUGGAUGUCAACAUUCAGAACAUCGACUUGGACCAGUGUGCAACAGGGGAUGGCUGGUUUGCUGAUACUCACCAGUGCAAUCGCACCAGCAUGGAGUGCGUGCCGAUUCCAGGCCAGGGGUUUCGACUGGGUCAGUACUGCUGCCGCUGUAAAGAGGGAUUUUACAACCCUGACAUCUCCCCGGAGGAUGCAGAUGGAGGCCCUGUGAACAGGAGUGAAGGUGGCGAUAUGUGUUUCCCGAACAUGCCCAUCUGCCUCCCAUGCUGGCCAGGCUGCAAGAGCUGUCAGGACGGCACCCCCUGCUGGGUGCAGGAGGGCGGGCUUCUCAGGGCCGGUGUGCUGGCUGUCCAGGGGGUCUUCAUGCUCCUCAUCUUUGUCAGCAUGCUGGUGGCCUACCGCCAUCGUCGGAACCGGAGGAUCCGGGCGUCCGGCCUCCUGCUGCUGGAGACGAUCUUGUUCGGCUCUCUGCUCCUCUACUUCCCGGUCUUCAUUCUGUACUUCAAGCCGAGCACCUUCAGGUGUAUUCUGCUCCGCUGGGUCCGGAUGCUCGGUUUCUCCAUCGUUUACGGCACUGUCACACUGAAGAUGUACAGGGUGCUGAAGGUGUUCCUCUCACGCACAGCCCAGAGAGUGCCCUACAUGUCCAGUCUCCACUUGCUGAGGAUUCUGGGAGUGAUGCUGAUGACAGUCAGCUGGUUUCUGUGUGCGUGGACGGUGGGUGUUCUGCAGAACCGUGACAGGAACAUCCCAGUGUUCAUCACCACCACCACGUCAGAUGGACAGGGCUUCAACUUGUGUUACCUGGACCGCUGGGACUACAUGAUGGCUGUGGCGGAGCUUCUGUUCCUGUGCUGGGGCAGCUCCCUGUGGACCGCUGUCAGGCCGGUCCCCUCAGCCUUCCACGAACCUCGGUAUAUGGGCAUCGCCAUCCACAACGAGCUGCUUCUCUCCUCCAUGUUCCACCUAUUCCGGUUCACUUUUCCGUCUCUCCAUCCUGAUUGGAUGCUGCUGCUCUCCUUCACACACACCCAUGUCACCAUCACUGUGACUCUUGCUCUGCUCUUCAUUCCCAAGUUUCUCUAUGUGUCUAAGCCUGGAAGAGAGGAGAUUGCAGCAGAAGUUUAUGAAGAUGAGGUGGAUCUGCGGCGCUCUGGCUCGUACCUCAACAGCAGUUUUCACUCUGCUUGGAGUGAACACAGUGUGGACCCGGAUGACUUUCGGGAUGAGCUGAAGAAGUUAUAUGCCCAGUUAGAAGUCCACAAGACAAAGAAGAUGACCGCAAAUAACCCUCAUCUGUCAAAGAAGCGAAGCUCUCGAUGUGCACUAGGGAGAUCCAUUAUUAAACGCAUUGCUGAGAUUCCAGAAACCAUGAGUCGCCAGUGCAGUCGUGAGGAGAAAGAUGGAUCCUUCCACAGCAGAAGUGGUAAUCAUUCUGACUCUUUCAGAAGGACCCCCGACACUGUCAGUAUCAGUUACAGAAGUUCAAUGAAGUCACCUUCACCAUCCAUCCGCAAGUCCCAAAGUGAUCAUCACUAUGUCAGGGAAAGAGAGAAUUCCUUGCGUGACUCCAUGCUAAAGGCCAAUUCUGUGAAAAGAUCCUCUCAGCGAUCUGAGACGGAUUCCUUGGAUAUUCCAGCGGGAGUCUGUAAGUCAGCCAGUGCCCAGAAUCUGACAAUUGAUACCAAUCUUCUGCAUCCCGAUCACACCAGGCUUCAUAAAUCCUGGAGCCUAACCUCAACCACCACGCAUUCCAUGGAGAACUUACCCAAGGUUUCCAGAGCCAGCACAAUGCGGUCAAGGCAGAGCCUUUCCAUAGGUGACCAGACCAGGAGUGCUCUCCAGUCAGAGUCAUUUGACAAGGCUGAGGUCUGUCCUUGGGAGGUAGAGCAAGAACAAUCAGGUGACAAGAACCAGAAGCAUGUCACUUAUGCAAACUCUGGCGACAGUGAAGAAAAAGGGCCAUCAUCCCCACAAUCACUUAUCUGUCCCUGGGACCAUUUACCACCUGUAGAAAAGACUCCUUCUGUGGACAAAGGACUACAAGGUGAAAAUGAGUCACAGAAACCUCAGAGUCCUGUGUCUGCAAGUGCACCAGGCUCUCCAAGACCAAAAGUCACAAAGGAUCAGCGUGUCUUCUCCUUCCGUACCACCACCACCAAGUGGCUCUCUGUGAAAUCAUUUAUUGGAUCUGUGGAUGGAAGUAGCAAGUCCAGUAAAGAUGGAAACUUAAAUAAAGAGGAUUCUGUUUCACAAAAAAGCCAGGAAAGCGCUUCAACAACACCAAGGUCAGGAACGUCUAGUAGACGUCCAAGUGUGGAAAAGAGGUCACUGCAAAAGAGAAGCAUGACAACAGCAGACGGAAAGCCAUGCCUUGUGAAGCAAAAUGCAAUCAGACUAUCCUCUGGGGAUUCCUCUGACAGAAGCCCACGGAGGCUUGUGAUUGUAAAAUCUGCCAUCUACCCAUGUGACGUGGAUGACAUGCAAAAAGAUGGCACCUACGAAAAUGUGUUUUUGUCAAGGCAGAACAGCAAAUGUAGUAGCAUAAGUUCUUGGGAGACUUCCAGCAGCUCCAGAACUCCGUCAACCCACAGAAGAGGUAGUCAUCGAAUUACACCAGCUCGUAAUGUUUCUCAUGCAGAUGUGUGUCCAUGGGAAGGAGCUGCUUCUUCACAGCAAGGAGGGGAACCAAAGAAGCAGCAGAGCAUUAAAGCUGAUGUCUGCCCUUGGGAAUCACAGGUACCUGAACGAACUAAUAUAUGCCCAUGGGACUCUCAAGAACAAGGGAAUGUGAGAAAACAAGAAAGCGGUCGUGGUGACGUGUGUCCUUGGGAAUCACAGGAUAUUCCUGUUAUAUCUAAUACUACUCUGCAUAAAAAUUCACAGACUCAACAAUCUUUGAAACGUGUAGCAGACAUAUGUCCCUGGGAAACUGCAGAAACUCCCCAAACUUCAAUAAGACAAGAUAGUGAAUAUGCUAACGUUUGCCCCUGGGAUGUUCAGGACAAAGCAGAAGUUGUAUAUGAAAACCUAAAUCCUCUUGAGCACAAAGGACAAGGGACUCUGAUGGUGCCCUUUCAACAAGAAGUUAUGAAAGCUGCCAUCUAUCCCGGUGCAUCAAAAGAAAUGUCAAGUAAUCAGCAUCAAUUCGAUGCAAUGUCACCUGCCCUUACUUGGGGUAAACAAGUCACCAAGACAGCAGAAAGUUGUCCAUGGGAGUUUCCUGACCCUCCAAAAAUCCUGGAAGUUCUUUGCACAUCUGAAGAAGCAAGCACUGAGCCAAUAAAUACAGACUCAACUUCACAAAUGACAAUCAAGGUGGAUAUUUGUCCCUGGGAAGGUGAACAACAGGACAAACCAGAAAAAGACUCCACACCCUUGAAAGCUGUUGCAGCACAAACUGAAGGGAAAGACAGCACAAGAAUAAACGUAUGCCCUUGGGAAACUGAGAUUCCUGAAAAACCUGCAGCUACCAAAACAGUGUCACAAGGACUGAAAAGACCAGCUGAUGUCUGCCCGUGGGAAACUGAAGAACCAGGAACACCACAGACCCCAAAAACAUCAGAGAGUCAGAGAAGACAAAACACGGCUCCGGCAAAUGUUUGUCCUUGGGAGACAGAAGAAGCAGGAGCAGUCAAAACUGAAGCACCAAAACCACCAGAGAAACUGCAAAGACAGAACAAUUCCCGGGAAGAUGUCUGUCCAUGGGAAAUGGAAGCCCCAAAAGUUCUGAAAAAGCAAGACAGUGCUCUGACAAAUGUUUGUCCAUGGGAGACAGAAGAACCAAAAAUUCUUAAAAAGCAAGACAGUGCUCUGACAAAUGUCUGUCCAUGGGAGACAGAAGACACUAAAGUUCUGAAAAAACAAGACAGUGCUAGAGUAGAUGUUUGUCCAUGGGAGACAGAAGAACCAAAAAUUCUGAAAAAGCAAGACAGCGCUAGAGCAGAUGUUUGUCCAUGGGAGACAGAAGACAGUAAGGUUCUGAAAAAACAAGAGAGCGCUAGAGCAGAUGUUUGUCCAUGGGAGACAGAAGACCCAAAAAUUAUUGAAAAGCAAGAUAGUGGUCGGGCAGAUGUUUGUCCAUGGGAAACAGAAGAACCAAAAAUUCUCAAAGAGCAAGAUAGUGCUCGCGAAGACGUUUGUCCAUGGGAGAGCAAAGAAUUAGACCAAGACAAAGACAAAGCUGAUAAUCUCAAUGCUGACAAAGAUGUCACAGAAAAUCAAGGGCCACUGUUGGCCGAAGAGACUCCAGUAGACCUGAGCACAGAGGAUACAGACGACUCUAAAGCAAACUUAGCCUUGGGCCGGCGUGAUGCUUUGUGUCCUUGGGAGAUGGCAAGUAGUAGAUCUGGCUCAUUCACAGACAAUGCCUCAGAUGUCUUUACAUGGGAACCUGAGAAUAUUCCUGAGGAAGAUGAAGAAGACGAUGCAGAGUGUGCUGCUGAGGCUCUUGUAUUCCCACCUGACUUGUGACUUAAACCUAGCUAGCAUCCAGUUUCGGCCCCUCCUUUUAGAAAAAGGGGAAUGUGAACUCUUUAAGACCAUUCUGCCAGUAGUCCAUUGUAGAUCAAAGGGAACUGUUUUAUCAUUUUCCUAGCUACAAAUGGAGUGCAGGUUCAACUAAAGAACAGCUUCCCUGCAGCUGGGAAAGGCGGAAGCCCUUUCUGAUGGGCAAUUGCUAAAAAAAAAUUAGGAAAGACAAAACUUAGGACUGUGUUAUUUCCAGUUUGCCUAUCCAGUUGAACCAUGCCCCUGUCCAGCUAAGAAGCAAGUUGUAAUGUGGUGGUGAGCUGGGCACUAUAGGUUGUGCAAACCUGACUAAAUAAUUGUACUAUUUAGUGAACCACAUAUAACAUACUUAUGUCCAUCACUGGUCCAGAAGUGAACUAUAGACAUUUGCUUAAUGAGGGAAAGAUGUCAAAAGCAAUUAGAUGAAGUUCCAUUUCUUCCUGCUUCUAUUCCCCUGCCCCCGCCCAGUUUAAAUGAAAACAUUUUUGACUUUGUAUGUUCUUAGGUGACAGCUCAAAUGUUUGCAGUGUACUCGAAAUAUGCUGGAACCAUGGCUGACAUGAAGAGCUCACAAAUCUAGACAAAUUCACAAAUGUAAAAACAUCACAGGGACUCUACAUAUGAAACUCUAAUCUUCAACAGCUUACAUGAGUUCAUUUUUAUUCUGAAUUUUUCUUACAAUAACUAUAUGUCGAAAGUAAAAGAAAGUGUCAAAUAGUGCCACUAGGAUUACAAUGGAUGUCAAGUUACAUUUCAGACGUAUUGAUAAAACUAUGCAUACCUGUUCGCUUACGUGACUAAUUUCCCGACUCAAUGCCAGCAUUUAGUGUUUUCACGUUUUAUACACUCCUAAUAAUGGGAAACACAACUGUAUCUCAUUUAAAGAAAUGUUUAGAAAAAGAAAGAAAUGCCAGAAAAUUGCAUAAGUUACCAUAAACCUACACUAUAACAAUUUUGCAGAUUAAAGUGGAGCAAAACCUGCCUAAUCCUUUCAUGUCUAAGUUUUUUAAAAUAAUACAGUUUUUUUGUGGAUCGAGCACACUGGACACCAGUCUGACUAACAUCGGACUAUGAAAUAAACAUCAAAGCACAGUGAAAAUGUUUGGUGAAUGGAAAGAACAUUCAAAUUGAUGGACAUAACUGCUAACUUGACUGGGAUCCAACUCCUGUGUUAGUUGAAAAGGUUUAUUACAGGAUUAUUUUAAAGGUUCUUUAUACAGACAAUAUUAUACUGACUGCAGGAGAAAAGUAAUGUUCACAUAUUAUUGAUCUCUGUAUAGAGACUAAAUUCUAAGGUCCUUCUGCAUUAAACCUUUACAGGAAUGCUGGCCAAUUAUGAGAAAUACUUUUUUUUUACAUCAUUAACUACUUAUGGAUGAGUCAAUGAUAUGUUUUAACUAUUAGAUAUGAUUACUAAUAGCUAAUAAUUUAACAAUCAGAAAUGGCCCCAUAUUUCAGUGUCGGAUAUUUAGGAAUAUUAUUUGAAAUAUUUAAAUUCUAAAUAGGAUUUUGAAACAUUAAUCACAAGUUUCAGGUAGAGUCGAAUCCAAGUUUUUGAAAGCAGUAUGCUUGCAAAGGUUUGUGGAUUGAAAUGGUGUUCUGUCUUGGUGCAAUUAAUUCACAUCUAAGCCAGCAAUUAGUUGGUGAAACUAGCAGUUGUGAGGAUUAUUUGCACUUCUGCUGCUGCAGUGUCAGUCUCAAACAGAUUUGUUUCAUUCAGUGAAUUCAGUUCAACAUUGCCCAAGCUUUUUUUGUCAAUGGAGUGACCUAGUUUUGUAAGCAACGUUGCAUGUUUGUGUGUGUUUUGAAUGAGCGUGAUGUAAAUUGUUGUCCCGUAGAAAAAAGAAAAAAGAAAAAAAAAAUCUAAUGUUGUAACGUCCUUUGGUUUGCACUGACAUGUGCUGGUAAAAGAAAGCAGGUGGAACACUUAUUUUUGUAUUUCCUAAGGUCAACAUGCAGUAUACUCAUCACAGAAAUAAACCAUUCAAUUUC